CGAAGGAGCUAAUAUGUUCGUGGAUUGAUGUGUAGGCAACGAAGCUCCAGCGAAAGGUUCAGACACAGAAAAGGUUAUAAAUCCUCAACAAUCAACUUGACCCUCGACGAUCAACCAGCGGAAUGCCCAGCUCGAGAAUGACUGACGACAGGCGAUCUGCAGUCAUGAAUGGACCAAGCUGAGCCCGGCUUCUCCGAAGGCGGUCUGACACGAGUUCCGGUGUUUCCUCGUGUCCAGCAAAAAUAUUUUGAGACACAGCUAUAAAUAUGAAGAGCCGAACGCCCGGUUUGGUGAUUCCCAGGGUAUGUGUUUGCAACAAGCAAACGUAAGCGGGUACCCAAAAGAAUGCAAAAUGCCGGAGGCAGCUAAUGAUCCCGGCGGAGUGGGGCCGGCGGACCGGUGAUUUCAGGCGAUUACCCCGGGCUUUCACGAAGUGGCUUCACCAAGUGCGCCAUUUGGUCUCGUUUAUCAUUUCCCCUGUUUUAUCCCAUUUAUUUAUUUCUCAUGUUUCCUUCCCCGCUCUCUCCUUCUCAUCCAUCUCUUCGUUUCGCCCAUCUCUGCUUGUGCUACUCAAGUGUUUGAGCACAAAAGACUUCAAGAUGCCACUUACAUUAUUAUUUUUUGCUGUGUUGCCUAGAUCUAUCUGGCUGAGCGAGAUAUUGAUAGGGCUUACUGAACUGAAAGAUGCCACUUACACAAUAUCGACUACACCCCACGGCCAUGGCUCAGCCACAGGGAUGAUCUCUGUUCGUUUCCCAAUGAUUGGAGUUGAUACAUUCUUUGCCACGCCUGACUUUUACCAAGCACAGCUGGUGUGGCAGCUUGUGGCGACCUUGACCAGUUGCCAUCACCAAUUGGACGAUGAUCAUUAUACCCAAUGGCAAGGAGGGAGAAUAGUCGCAAACAUUUUACACAGCCUGAAUCAUUUACGAACUGGUUGCGUAGACAUGGCGAGCUUUCAAUUUCGGGACCAGAGUCUUAAAGGCAAUUGAACAGGCGUUGAGAGAAAGUGAUAUCAUUGCAGUUUGCCUCGCAUUUCAAAUAGAUCACCAACACAACCGAAACAAAGAAAUCACCACGCUCGAACAGUCUAGGAGAAAGCCAUCCCAUCCCAAGCCAAGCCAAGCCAAUUCCAAACGAAAGCAAACAACGCAUUCCCUAAUUACCCCAUCAUAGUCUUUAUCAUCCAUCAUAAGCAUUGAAAACGUUCAGUGUCUUCGUUGCACUCCUUUUAAUCUUUC